AUGGCGUCAAUCGAUUUAAAAGAUGCUUACUAUUCGGUCCCUAUUGCAAAGCCACACCAGAAGUACCUCAAAUUUGAGUGGAACAACAUGUUAUUUCAGUUUACAUGUUUUCCCAAUGGGUUGGCCUUUUGUCCUAGGAAAUUUACCAAGCUAAUGAAACCAGUCUUUGCCACCCUUCGACAGCUUGGCCACUUAUUGUCAGGUUACAUAGAUGACUCCUGGUUGAUGGGGACAGUCUGGGAUGAUUGUGCAAAAAAUGUGGUUGACACGGUAAAAUUAUUAGACAGUUUGGGAUUUGUGGUACACCCUGAGAAGUCGGUGUUCAUCCCAACUCAAAAACUGGUAUUUCUGGGUUUUACUCUAGACUCAGUUAACAUGCAAGUCUACCUUACACCUGAUAAGGCUGUUAAGCUAAAACAGGCAGCUACUGUUAUGUUGCACUGUAAAAAGCCUACUAUUAGGGAUGUAGCCAAGGUCCUUGGGCUUAUAGUAUCUAGCUUUCCUGGCGUUGCCUAUGGACCCCUUCACUACCGCUAUUUAGAACGAGAUAAAACUAUAGCUCUUAAUGCUAGCAAAUGGAACUUUGAUGCCACAAUGUGCAUAUCCAGCCAAGCAGGUGAAGAGCUUAAGUGGUGGAUUGAAUCAAUCGAGACUGCAUCCAACCCGAUAAAUCGAGGAGAAGUAGAUAUUACCAUUACUUCUGAUGCCUCAAAACAGGGGUGGGGUGCAGCAACCAGUGAUUCUUCAACUGGGGGACUUUGGACUGUUGAAGAGGCUAAGGAGCACAUCAAUUUUCUCGAAAUGUUAGCUGUAUUCUUUGCCUUAAAAUCAUUCAGUACUUUGACUCAUGGCAAACAUGUUAAGGUCAUGGUCGAUAAUACUACCACUGAAUCAACUAUUAACCAGAUGGGUACAAGCCACUCCCCUAAGCUAAACAAGCUAACUAAAGACAUAUGGGAUUGGUGCAUUAAGCACGAUAUAUGGCUGACUAUGGCUCGUAUACCAGGGUGUGAAAAUGUAAAGGCAGACAAAGAGUCGCGUACAUUUAGGAGGUGUACUGAAUGGUGCUUAAAGAAAACUCUCUUUGCAAGGGCUUGUACCAAGCUCAAUGUUACCCCUAACAUCGACCUAUUUGCGUCUAGGAUCAAUUGCCAGAUCACGCCCUAUGUCUCUUAUAGAGCAGACCCAGAAGCUUUUGCCAUCAAUGCUUUUCACAUGUCUUGGCAACAUUACUUAUUUUAUGCUUUUCCACCAUUUAGCCUGAUAACAAGAGUUCUUCAAAAGAUUCAAGAGGAGAAGGCAACAGGGCUUCUACUUGUUCCAAAAUGGCCAACUCAACCGUGGUGGCCCAAGUUAAUGCAGAUGUUAAUACAACCACCAGUACAGCUUCCAAAGGACAGAGACACUCUGUUCCUACCCAGCAGCCCACAGGAACCUCAUCCACUUCACAAGAAACUGUGCCUGAUUCUGUGUCACUUGUCCGGAGAUACCUCAACGGCAAAGGCCUUUUGA